AUGGCCCAGCCGCAAAAGACUGUCUUCCUAGACUCAACAUUGUCUGUGCCUAGAAACUGCACUGCCAAUAUCACCCACCCUAUCUUCUGCAGCGAAUCAUAUGUCAUAUCUCAAGCCACCUCGAAUUCGAGACACUCUAUACAUGGGAAUUCCCUCAAUUUUCAUAUGUUUUCCUUUCUUGUCUUCGCUUCAUCCCGACAAGCCGGUACUUUGGCAGAUCACAUGCAUUUAUCAGCUCAUGAUUACCCCGCCAUAUCUAAUAACAGCUGGUUAGCCACCAUCCCGCACAUUUCCAGAAAAGUCUUGUCGGGAGACUAUCGGAUCGGCCGUUGUGUCAUCCUUGCCGAGUCCCGAACUAACCUGUUGCCAUGGUGUUCGGCUUCUGAAUUGAUGACCCCUCUCAUGACUUUGUUAGCACCUGGAUCAAGCAACCUCGAAAUGGGAAUGUCUACCAUUGACCGAUCGCAAUGCAGUCGCGGAUGUUUCUUGUUGUUGGCGGUUUAG